AUGGCCGUGAAUUACCCUUUAUCAAAUUUCACGGGGAUAGAUAUCGUACCUACAUUUCCGGUGGAUACGCAUCCAUCAAACACGGCGUUCGAACAGGUUGAUAUUACGGAAGGAUUACCUUUCCCUGAUAAUAAAUUUGAUUUUAUCAACAUUAGAUUCGUGCUUUGUUUGAUGCAAGAAAAAAAUCUUACUUUUAUAUUCAAAGAAAUAAUGAGAGUUUUAAAACCUGGCGGAUGGUUAGAGAUCUUGGAUUUUACUUCUGAUCUAAUAAAUCCGGGGCCCGCUCAUAGGUAUUUCUAUAAUAAAUAUCAAGCGUUAUGGCGUCAACGAGGUAUCAAUUUUUACCUUAUCAGUGCGCUUCCUAAAUACCUUCGUAGAUACGAUUUAAUUGACAUUCACAAUGAGGAAAAGACUACAUUUUUUGGAAAGAAGGGUGGGGUUAUCGGUGAAUUGUGUCUUAAAGAUUGGGCGAGGGUUUAUAUAACAUUAAAAAAUUCACUUUGUGAAUUUUCAAGCAUUACUUCCGAAGCAUAUUGUCAAUUAGUGGAAGAUUUUAAAACGGAAGUGGACGAUUAUCAUACCGCGUUUAAAAUGAGCAGGACCUUUGCGCAGAAACCUCGAAAAAAAUUAUUAAACUUAUAA